GGGUUUGAUUUCUGUGCAGAUAUGAGAAUGAGCUGAGCAUGAGGCAGUCUGUAGAGGCAGACAUUGCUGGCCUGAGGAGGGUGCUGGAUGAGCUGACAAUGUCCAGAUCUGACCUUGAGAUGCAGAUUGAGGGUCUAAAAGAAGAGCUGAUCUUCCUCAAGAAGAACCACGAGGAGGAACUCUUGGCAGCACGUGCCCAGAUGAGCGGACAAGUCAAUGUAGAGGUAGACGCGGCACCACAGGAAGACCUGACAAAGAUCAUGGCUGAAAUCCGUGACCAAUACGAGGCAGUUGCAGCCAAGAACCGCAAAGAACUUGAGGCCUGGUUCCAGGCUAAGAGCGAAACCCUCAACAAAGAAGUCGCUGCAAGCACAGAAAACCUUCAAACGUCCAAAUCAGAAAUCACAGAGCUUAAACGCACACUCCAGGGUCUUGAAAUCGAGCUACAGUCACAACUCAGUAUGAAAGCGUCGUUAGAAGGCACUUUGGCAGAAACACAGUCCCGCUAUGCCAGCAUGUUAAACGGUUACCAAAUGCAGGUGACCAGCAUGGAACAGCAGCUGGUGCAGCUUCGUGGCGAUCUGGAGCGCCAAGGGCAAGAGUACAGGAUGCUUCUGGACAUCAAGACCAGACUAGAGAUGGAGAUUGCAGAGUACAGAAGACUUCUGGAUGGGGAGGCUUCUGGAAGUGUUCAAACCACACAAUCCUCAUCCACAACCUCAACUACACGCAAAGUGGUCACCAUUAUAGAGGAGGUGAAAGACGGCAAAGUGAUCUCCUCCAGUCAGGCUGUGACCGAGACCAAGUGAGAUUUCAAACAA